AUGGUCCUCUUUGGUUCUAAGUUGAGUAAGCUUGACUUGGGGCUGACUCCACAUCUCGAGACAUUAUAUCUUGAAGGGUGUAACGACCUUGUAGAACUUCACAUACCCCCUAAAGGUUCCAUACUCAAAUCCCUUUUCAUUAGUGGUUCUAAGUUGAGUAAACUUAACUUGGGGUUGACUCCACAUCUCAAGAGGUUAGUUCUUGAAAACUGCUAUUAUCUUCAAGAAAUUCGUGCUCCUAUAGGAUGUCUAAAAAACCUUGCCAACUUAAAGUUAAGUGGUUGUUCAAGGUUUGAGCGUUUUGUGGGUACCCAUCGGUAUCAUUUACUUGAAUUUGGGAUUCUCGCUACAUUAGUACUGAUUGCAGAGUCCCAGGAUAUUUGCCCACUACAUCCCAAUAGUAAUUUGCCAAAGUUUGUGUUUAAAUGUUUUUAUGGAGAACCUCUACCCUCAUUAAGUGGAAAUCUUGAGAAGCUUCUUUCUUUUGGUCUAUGUGCUUGCACAAACCUUGAGUCCUUUUCAGCAAGCAUUUGUGGUUUACAACGUUUAAGAAAUCUUACACUUGAAGGCAACUUACCCGAGGUGCCCAAGGACCUGUGCCAGUUAGAAUGUCUAGAGAAGCUAACAUUGUCAAUGAAAGAGAUUAAACAUCUUCCAGAUAGCAUUUGUAUGUUGAAACAUCUUAAAUCUCUUGAUCUCAAAUUUGGUUGGCUUCUACAACACUUACCCAUGGAGAUAUGCAGAUUAGAGUGUUUGAAGGAGUUAUACCUAACGGAUUGUAUAUCCUUACAAGAUAUUCCAAACAACAUAUGUAAGAUGAAAUGUUAA